UCUUUUUUUUUUUUUUUUUUUUUUUAGAAUUUUGUAAUUCUAACUUUCGCAUCACCAGGAGCCGAUUUACAUAUAAAAUACAUGAUGUGUGUCUAUAUUCUUUUUUUAUAAAAUUAAACAUUUUAUGUAUAAUAUACGUUUUAAUUUUGAUAUAGUAUUCGUGACAUGCAUGCUAUAAAAAAUUACAUGAUAUAUUUGAUCGUAUGAUACAUUCGAUCGAGUGUUGAAUUAUUUACGUAAAGAAAUUAGUUCUCACCAGAUGCAGUUUUUUUAUAUACCAAAUAUAAAAAAGAAUAUUUUCCUCGAAGCCAAUACAAAUGACACCCUGGAUGAAUACUGAUUCUAAAGACUUUUGUGGAGUGUCACAUGCUUGGCCCAACUAAGUUCUAGAAAAUUAAUCAUUACAAAAUAUAUUAUGAUAAGUUUCAUGAUUUGUAAUUGUAUAUAAUUAAUAUAUGUAUAAAUUAUGAGAAAAUUUAUAUACUUCUAUCAUCUUUUUUAUUUUUUUUAAUUUAUUAUAAAUUGCUAUAUUUUUUUUCUAAGCAAUAAUAAAUUUAAUUUUAAAAAUUAAUUAAAUUGAUUCUAGAAGAGUAAAAUAUGACAACUAAAAAAAGGAACAGAGAAUAUCAUUUUAUAAAGAUAAAAUGAUUAAUACUUAAAUAUAAUCAAAUCAUGGCAACUAAUUCAAGCUAAGUAUAUUACUUAAUUAAUACGUAUGUAAUCGUUGACUUAAAAAAACAAGAAAAGCAGUCCACAGAAAAUGAACAAGAAAUUGGUAUUGGUUACGGGCGCUUCCGGUUACCUAGGUCGCCCUGCCGUGAGUUAUUCAACGGUGCUGAUUGUAAUUAUAAAUGGCUUCAUUAAAAAUAAAUUGAAUAUUUUAAAGUUUAAUUGUUAUUAAAUGUAAAAAUAUUUUUUUUUUGGGAUUGAUUAAAAAAAGUGAGUCAUGUAAAUUAACACAGAAGAAAAAAUUAAAUUUAAAAUUUUGAAAUAUUAUAUUAAGUAGGUGUUUGACCAUGCAAAUCAUAUUCCCUCUGUCCUAUUUUAUGUGUCCUUAUUUGAUUGAACACAGAGUUUAAGAAAUAAAUGAGACUUUACAAAGUUUAUAAAAUUAUCCCUCUUAAAAUCGCAUUAAUAUUUACUUUUUAAUUAUUUUUUCUUAUUAAGUGAAACCAGUAAAGAUAAAAUGAAGAUGAUGUCAUUAAAUAGUUAUUAAAUAAGAAAAAAUGAUAUAAUAAUUAUCAAAUAAGAAAAAUGAUACUUCCUCCGUCCCAUUUUAUGUGUUGCCAUUUGAUCAGGCACGGAGUUUGAGAAAAAAGGAAAGACUUGGUAAAGUUUAUCAAAUUAUCCUUUAUAAAAAAAUGUGCCAAUAUCUUUUUUUUUUUAAUUAAGUGGGACCAAUAAGGGUAAAAGGUAAUUGUGUCUUUGAAAAGUUGCCUAAUAAGGAAAGACGACACUUAUUUUAGGACGAACUAAAAAGAAAAUAAUAACACAUAAUUUGGGAUGGAGAGGGUAUUUUUUUGACACGAAUGGAUAAAAAAAAGAUGAAAACACAUAAAAUAAAAUGAAUGGAGUAAUUUUUUAGAAUUGGAGUUGAGUUGAUGUUGUGUUUGAAGUUUGAACUUUGAAGCAGAGAUGGAACAGCAAAAAAUUGAUGACCCAAACUAUUGCAAGUAUAGUAGGUUUGUUGGUCACCCUCUAGAGAAAAGUUUCAUAUUCACAAAUAAAAUCAUGUAAUUGGCUAAUGAGAAGAAGAUCGUGCUUGAUGAUAAGAAAGUGCGUUCUCCUCAAAUUUCCAUCACUUUUGACUUGUUGGAUCGAUCGAAAUAUGCAACUUCAAAGAGCAUAAUGAGGAGCCACAGGAAGAACGAUAAUAUAACCCAAUGAAAUUCACAGGUAAUAUUUGAAAAGGAUAAUGUGUAUGUAAGUCGUAUUACUAUCUCCGUCAGGAGAUAAAAAAAUUAUUUUUAGAAGAGAAUUUUAUUUUAUUUAUUAUAUUGUUACUGUUUUAUUUUAGUAUUAAGUGACUAAGAUAAAAUAGAGAUUUUUUUUUUUUAAAAAAUAGUUUAUUGUAUUAAAAUUUUCGCUCGCUAUGCAUGAGAUUCAACCAAAGGAAUUUAUUGUAUGCAAUCGUAUCUUAUAUUUUUAUUAGAGGCUAUUUUUAAUACUUAGAACUUAUAAUUUAUCAGAUGCAAUAACUUCAUUAAUUACACCAUGUUAUGUCAGUCAAGUAAAAUUAAACAAAAAGAAUAUUAUAUUAUUAACACCUCCAUAAUUAAGGGCCUAGCACUUAUAAAAUUCAUGUACUCAAAAUGGUCAAUCAAGUAAACCUUAAAAAAGAGAAUAUUAUAUUAUUAACAGCUGCAAUUAAGGGCUACUAGCACUUGAAAUUCAUGUACUAAAAUUGCCAAUCAAGUAAAACUAAACAAAGAAAAUAUUAUAUUAUAUUAACACCUUCAUAAUUAAGCUGCCUAGCACUUAAAAUUCAAGUAUAAAAUUAGGCAGGUUCCAUCGUUGACGAAAAAAACAAGUAAAGCAAUACACAGAAAAUGAAGAAGAAAGUAAUAUUGGUUACCGGCGCUUCCGGUUACCUCGGCAGCCGUCUCUGCCGUGAGCUCUUCAACUCCGGCCACCAUGUUAAAGCUUUCGUCCGCCGUACAAGUGACGUAUCUUCUCUACCUCCGCCUACUGACGGCGGAAGCAGCGGCGGAACCCUAGAGCUUGUGUACGGAGAUGUCACUGAUUAUCCAUCACUAGUUCAAGCUUGCUCCGGAUGCCACGUCAUCUUUCAUGCUGCUGCUUUAGUUGAACAUUGGCUUCCUGAUCCCUCCAGAUUCAUAGCUGUGAAUGUUGGAGGCUUGAAGAAUGUGUUGCAAGCUUAUAAAGAAACAGGAACUAUAGAGAAAAUUGUGUACACAUCAUCGUUUUUUGCCUUGGGACCGACUGAUGGAUAUGUUGCCGAUGAAUCUCAGGUUCAUCCUGGAAAAUUCUUCACCACGGAGUAUGAGAAAUCAAAAGCUGUUUCUGAUAAGGUUGCAUUAGAUGCCGCGUCUGAAGGAGUGCCGAUAGUGCUUGCUUAUCCGGGAGUCGUAUAUGGUGGUGGGAAGGUUACGACUGCAAAUACUGUUGCCAAUAUGUUGGUUGAACGCUUUAAUGGGCGUUUACCUGGUUACAUUGGCCAAGCAAAAGAGAGGUUUUCUUUUAGCCACGUUGAUGAUGUGGUUAACGGGCAUAUUUCAGCUAUGGACAAAGGCAAACCGGGUGAAAGGUACCUUCUUACAGGGCAGAAUGCAUCCUGGAAGGAAGUUUUCGAUAUAGCUGCAAUGAUCACUCAGACAAAGAAGCCUUCUUUUGGUAUCCCCAUAUUUAUUCUUGUAUUUUACGGCUGGAUGUCAGUUCUUCUCGCCAAAAUAACCGGAAAGAUUCCUCUAGUCAGUCCUCCUAUGGUUCGCAUGAUUAAACAUCAGUGGGCUUACUCUUGUGAUAAGGCAAAGGCAGAACUGGGUUACCACCCUAGGAGCUUGGAAGAAGGUCUGUCCGAGGUGCUUCCCUGGUUAAAGAGCUCGGGUUCGAUUAAAUACUGACAUGUUAUGUUUUAUCGAGAAUUUAUUGUGUUCAUUAUUUGUAAAUUAGACUUAAAGAUGACUCUGAAGCCUUGUUAUUCAAUAAGGGACAACCCGGUGCACUAAACCUCGCGCUACGCGUGGGGUCCGUGGAAGGGCUGGACCACAUAGUCUGUUGUAUGCAAUCUUACACUUCAUUUCUGCAAGAGGCUGUUUCCACGACUUGAACUCGUGACCUCCUGCUCACAUGACAACAAAUUUACCAUUGUUAAUCGCGUUAUUCAA